GUCCGUAGGUGGUAGACGGUCUCUGACUGUCGAUCGCGGAGCUACCACCCGGCGGAUCUCCUAGGCGGGGCCAGAAUGUGUGCAUGUUGCAUGCACACGUGUUCCCUCGCCAGAGUCCGUGUGGCGUUCCCCCUUUCCUAUAUAUUCCCCUAUAGCCCCACGGUACCCCAUGGGUGUUUAGGCCUUAGGCCUUCGUGGUAGUUGGAAUAUAAAAUACAAAUGCAUGUCGCAUACAACUGUGUAUAAU